AGAGUUUUUACAAAAACUUAUGGAAUGAAAGAUUUAAUAGUAUCUUUUCUAUGAAAUAAUAAUGUCAUCCCCAACUAAGAAGUUGGAUUGGAGAAGACCACAAAGUCAUGAGUUCAAAUUCUGCAUCACAGACAGCAGGAAAACCCAUAAGAUGCCAAGCUGCAGUGUGCAGAAAAGCAGGGGAACCUCUGAUCAUUGAAGAAAUCGAGGUUGCCCCUCCGAGUUCUUGGGAGGUUCGGAUCAAGAUUCUUUGCACUUCCCUCUGUCAAUCUGAUCUUAGUUUCUGGAAAUUAUCAGCUGGACCAGCUUCUGCUUUCCCCAGAAUUCUUGGUCAUGAAGCAGCUGGUGUUGUGGAGAGUGUAGGGGAAAAUGUAGAGGAAGUGAAAGAAGGGGACAUAGUGAUACCAGUGUUUAAAAGGAACUGUGGAGAAUGCAGAUAUUGCAAGUGCCCAAAGGGGAAUGCUUGUUCUAAAUUUUCAGUUGAUUAUCCCUGUGGGAUGCCAAGGGAUGGAAGCAGCAGGUUUAAGGACAAAAAUGGAGAAAAAUUGCACCAUACACUCAGGGUCUCCAGCUUCUCUGAGUAUACAGUUGUUGAUGUCACACAUGUUGUGAGGAUGUCUCCAGAUUUUCCCAUUGAUAAAGCUUCUUUACUUUCUUGUGGGGUUUCUACAGGAUUGGGAGCGGCAUGGAAAGCUGCAGAAGUUGAGGAAGGUUCAACCGUGGCAAUAUUUGGUCUCGGAGCUGUGGGACUAGCGGUUGCAGAAGGAGCAAGGUUACGUGGAGCUUCAAAAAUAAUAGGUGUCGAUUUAAAUCCAGAAAAAAUUGAAAUUGGGAAGAAGUUUGGACUUACAGAUUUUAUUAACCCUACAGCCUGUGGUGAGAAAUCAACUAGCCAGGUAAUAAAAGAGAUGACUGAUGAUGGAGCUGACUACUGUUUUGAGUGUAUUGGAUUGACGUCCUUAAUGCAAGAGGCUUUUAGUAGUUGUCGAAAGGAAAAUGGAAAGACUAUAAUACUUGGGGUUGAUAUACAUGGCACACCGUUAAGCAUUAACCCUCGUGAGCUGGUGGUGUCUGGAAAAACUAUCAUAGGAUCCCUGUUUGGAGGUGUCAAGGCUAAAGUUGACAUUCCCAUCUUUGCUACUAAAUAUUUGAAUAAUGAAUUGAACUUGGACGGAUUCAUAACGCAUGAAGUUAACUUUCAGGAUAUUAACAAAGCAUUUGACUUACUUCAAGCAAGGAAAUCGCUGCGUUGUAUCAUUUGGAUGGAUAAAUGAUCCUGUUUUUAUAUAUUUUUUCUCUUUACUGCAAUGUAAAAUAAUGUAUGCAUGCGAUAUUCUACGGUCCAACUACUGAAUAUUGGUACAAAAUUAUGUGAAAUUCCUUUCCUGGUUUAUGAAGAUUCAAUACUUAAACGA